AUGGACCAAUGCGAACGUAGUCCUAUCGCUCUAACUACUAAUGAGAAGAAAAUGGUUUUAUCCGUUUAUAAUUAUAUUCAUUCUCUUGAGAUUAUUAAUCUGUGCAAAGAAGUUUCUCUGGCAACAGGAGUUGGCGAAGCAACUGUUGCCCAUGUACUUGCAGAAUUCAAUAAAACUGGGGCAGUUAUAGCAUCAGAACAAGAUGGUGAAGCUAGAUGGAUUUCUUGA